CGCUGUCAGGAUGAGGAGGCGGAGGUCGGCGCUCCGGUCCGUCUCUGCCCGGGGCUGUGGCGGCGCCGGCGGCUCCAGCCUUAGCGGUUCCUCCCUGGGCGGCGGCGGCCGCGGCUCGGUCGACGCCUCCUCCGCCAGCUGAGCCCGCGACAGCCCGGGACGCCGCUUCCCCGCCCAUCCCCGUUCCCCGAGGCCGCCUCCUGGCCAUGGCGCAGCCGGGCCCGGCUCCCCAGCCUGACGUUUCUCUUCAGCAACGGGUAGCAGAAUUGGAAAAAAUUAAUGCAGAAUUUUUACGUGCACAGCAGCAGCUGGAGCAAGAAUUUAAUCAAAAGAGAGCAAAAUUUAAGGAGUUAUAUUUGGCUAAAGAGGAGGAUCUGAAGAGGCAAAAUGCAGUAUUGCAAGCUGCACAGGAUGAUUUGGGUCAUCUUCGGACACAGCUGUGGGAGGCUCAGGCAGAGAUGGAGAAUAUUAAGGCAAUUGCCACAGUCUCUGAGAAUACUAAGCAAGAAGCUAUAGAUGAAGUUAAAAGGCAGUGGAGAGAAGAAGUUGCUUCGCUUCAGGCUGUGAUGAAAGAGACAGUUCGUGACUAUGAGCAUCAGUUUCAUCUGAGGCUGGAGCAGGAGCGAGCACAGUGGGCACAGUAUCGAGAAUCUGCAGAGCGGGAAAUAGCUGACUUAAGAAGAAGGUUGUCUGAAGGUCAAGAGGAAGAAAAUUUAGAAAAUGAAAUGAAAAAGGCCCAAGAAGAUGCUGAAAAGCUUCGAUCUGUUGUGAUGCCCAUGGAGAAGGAAAUUGCAGCUUUGAAAGAUAAACUGACAGAAGCUGAAGAGAAGAUUAAAGAGUUGGAGGCCUCAAAGGUUAAGGAACUGAAUCAUUAUCUGGAGGCUGAGAAGUCUUGUAGGACUGAUCUGGAGAUGUAUGUAGCUGUUUUGAACACUCAGAAAUCUGUUCUGCAGGAAGAUGCCGAGAAAUUGAGGAAAGAAUUGCAUGAAGUUUGCCAUCUCUUGGAGCAAGAACGACAACAGCACAACCAGUUAAAACAUACAUGGCAGAAGGCCAACGACCAGUUUCUGGAAUCUCAGCGUUUACUGAUGAGAGACAUGCAGCGAAUGGAGAUUGUGCUAACUUCUGAACAACUUCGACAAGUUGAAGAACUGAAGAAAAAAGAUCAGGAGGAAGAGGAACAACAAAGGCUUAGUAAGAGGAAAGAUAACAAAAAAACAGAUACUGAAGAAGAAGUAAAAAUACCAGUAGUAUGUGCUUUAACUCAAGAAGAAUCUUCAACACCAUUAUCAAAUGAAGAGGAGCAUUUAGACAGCACCCACGGGUCAGUUCAUUCCUUAGAUGCAGACUUGCUGUUACCAUCUGGAGAUCCAUUCAGUAAAUCAGACAGUGAUAUGUUUAAAGAUGGACUCCGGAGAGCUCAGUCUACAGACAGCUUAGGAACCUCAAGCUCAUUGCAAUCAAAAGCAUUAGGCUAUAACUACAAAGCAAAGUCUGCUGGAAACUUGGAUGAAUCGGACUUUGGACCACUGGUUGGAGCAGAUUCUGUGUCUGAGAACUUUGAUACUGUGUCCCUUGGGUCACUGCAGAUGCCAAGUGGAUUUAUGUUAACCAAAGAUCAAGAAAGAGCAAUUAAGGCAAUGACACCCGAACAGGAGGAGACAGCAUCCCUCCUCUCCAGCGUCACCCAGGGUAUGGAGAGUGCAUAUGUAUCUCCCAGUGGUUACCGCUUAGUGAGUGAGACUGAAUGGAAUCUCCUGCAGAAAGAGGUACAUAAUGCUGGAAAUAAGCUUGGUAGACGUUGUGAUAUGUGUUCCAAUUAUGAAAAACAGUUACAAGGAAUUCAGAUUCAGGAAGCUGAAACAAGAGACCAGGUGAAAAAACUGCAGGUCAUGCUAAGGCAAGCUAAUGACCAGCUGGAGAAGACAAUGAAAGAGAAACAGGAACUAGAGGACUUUAUCAAGCAGAGCACCGAAGACUCAAGCCACCAGAUAUCUGCACUUGUCCUAAGAGCUCAAGCCUCUGAGGUCUUACUUGAAGAGUUACAGCAGAGCUUUUCUCAAGCGAAGAGGGAUGUUCAGGAACAGAUGGCGGUUCUGAUGCAGUCACGUGAACAGGUUUCAGAAGAGCUGGUGAGGUUACAGAAAGACAAUGACAGCCUCCAAGGAAAGCAUAGCUUGCAUGUGUCAUUACAGCUAGCAGAAGACUUCAUCCUCCCAGAUACUGUGGAGGUGCUCCGGGAACUGGUGUUGAAAUAUCGAGAGAACAUUGUUCACGUGCGGACAGCAGCAGACCACAUGGAAGAGAAGCUGAAGGCUGAAAUACUCUUCCUAAAAGAGCAGAUUCAAGCAGAACAGUGUUUAAAAGAAAACCUUGAAGAGACUCUACAGUUGGAAAUAGAAAACUGCAAGGAGGAAAUAGCUUCCAUUUCUAGUCUAAAAGCUGAAUUAGAAAGAAUAAAAGUUGAAAAGGGACAGUUGGAAUCUACAUUAAGAGAGAAGUCACAACAACUUGAGAGUCUCCAAGAAAUAAAGGUUAAUUUAGAGGAGCAGUUAAAGAAAGAAAAUGCUGCCAAGGCUACUGUUGAACAGCUCAUGUUUGAAGAGAAGAACAAAGCUCAGAGGUUGCAGACAGAAUUAGAUGUCAGUGAACAAGUCCAGAGAGAUUUUGUAAAACUUUCUCAGACUCUUCAGGUGCAGUUAGAGAGGAUUCGGCAAGCAGACUCCUUGGAGAGAAUUCGGGCAAUUCUGAACGAUACCAAAUUGACAGACAUUAACCAGCUACCUGAGACAUGACACCCUGGUAGCAGGAUUCUAACCUGCAUUUUGGGUUUUUAACUCAUCUUUAGAAUAACAUUAAUUAUUAUUUAACUCUUAUUGGAAGAAGUCACAGCAAAAGGAAGAUUGGAGAAAUGCAAAUCUGGAGGGAGAAGGCUGCUGUGCACAAGGACAGUCAACAGAUGUUUCUAAGGGAACACUAAUGGGACACCGGACUCGAUUCCAACAGGUGUGGGAUCAGAUUUGGUGGCCAGAAAAGUGCUGUUUCCUUGCCUGCUUUCUCUAAUAUGGAUUCUGGAACACAUUUCCUGACAUGAAAGCAACUUCCCCAUAGUGUUUGGAACUGUUUUCUGUUCAUACAAACUGGGAGAGAGGCUUCUUUUUUCUGUUGUCUAGGGCUCAUCAGUAGCAGUGUUCAGCUAGCAGAAAGGUGUAGUGUGCUGUAUGAGUAUUUUAUAUUAAAAUAUGAAGUGUGAGAGCAGGCCAUUGGCUGGUGACUGUAUCUUCCUGGCUCAGUGCAUUUUUUUUUUCUUUUUACCAUUUUAUCUUCUAUUGGAAGACCUUAAAUGCUACUGAAAUUUGCCUGAGAAUUACAGGACCAUGGCAAAUAAAACAGCAAUUCAACAAAAUUAGGAGAAUCUGAAUACUUGGCUGAGGCCAUAUAUAUAUUGGAAGUUGAAUUUAAAGGAAAAAAGCACAAGAAACCUUGGAAGCACUUUUUCUGCACACCAGGAUGAACUUCCUGGGCCCACAGGUCCCAGGGCAAAGGAGAACUGGCACCAUCUACCCUUUCGAAGUGUUUUAUUAGUUACUGGAUCAGUGGAAAAAAUAAUAUUAAUAAAACAAGCUAUCUCUGACAUCUA